AUUAAAUAUUUAUCCAAAAUGCAAACACUAAUCUAAAAAGUUAUUUCCAAAGAAGGCCUUCUUCUUUGUAGCUGGUUCUUGGGAGAAGGACAAACCAAAUACGUUUGAAAUGGAAGCCGAGACAAAUGUAUUCCCACUGUUGACGAAUUAGAGACACAUUUUGGUUGGGUGGGUGGGUCAUCGUCCCGGGCACACUGACAAGUGACCAAAGACGAACUUCCUCGAUCUCCGAUUUCUCAUUCGAUGUUUCCUUAUCAGUAAAAUAGUUCCAAUGUGGGAAUGGAAGCGGAUGGCAGCUCUUCUUGUCUCCAUCUGAAUUCUAAAUAGAGCAAAGUUUGGUUCACCACAUAUACGACAAUGAACCACUUUAAUCGCCCAAUUCACUCCAAAGCAAUAUACUUUCAGAUAGAUUGCUCCAACAAAAUGGCAUUGUCACUCGUCCAGUUGUCAAAGGUAAAAAUGAUAAAUUAACAUUGCUCAUCUAGAGUUUCACAUUUACCUUUUGAAAUUUACCUUUUGUAGAGCUGCUCGUGUUUACUCCAAGGCUAAGUGUACAUGCAUUUAGGGAUACAAUAUCAUCAAGUUUAAGUAUAAGACGAGUCAUUAAAAGUAUAAUCGCUAAUAUUGAUGAAAUUAAGGUGUGUUCCUACAUCAUAAAAGUAGAUCUUUAACAAACAAAACACUUCAAAUAAAGCACACGUCAGUCCAAGCACAACUACAACUACUGGCAAUGUUCAGAGGAAACUCUAACAGGAGCACCAUAACAAUAGAUCUUUAACAAACAAAAACACUUCAAAUAAAACACACAUUAGGCCAAGAACAACUACUGGCUAUGUGUAGGUGUCUCCUUUUUGGGAAAAAGACCAAAAUAGAACUAAAACAUUGAAAAUAUACCAAAAUAAAACUUCUAGUAUUUAUUUUCGAAAUAAGACUUAAAAUAUAUUUACAUUACCAAAAAAUAUAUGUAAUGUGCACGUGUACAAUGUCACAUUACCACAAUGUAAAGUCUUAUUUCAAGAAAAAAACAUGAAAGUUAUAUUUUGGUACUUUUCUUUAUGUUUUAGACUUAUUUAGAGUGAUUUCUACUACUUUUUUGUCACAUCUACAUCAAUAUCAUAUCUUCUGAGUGACAUGAUUUAUAAAAAUCUGAUUCUUUGACGUUGUAUUUUGUGUAGUUUGUGGUGCUUGUGUCGUGUUGUAUCACAAAGGCUAUCUCAUGCAAAAGAAGUUUUCCCUUCAGUCCAAUGGCCUUGAUGUUUGGUCUACAACCAUAAAUAUUUUUGGAGCUUCUGGAAGAGCACCGACACCGAGUUUGGACGUCAAGUAGUUCAUUCAUCACACCCUUUGAUCACGGACUCUUUAAAUGAACUUGAUAUUUCUGCAUCUGUUUAACACAAUUCAAGAAUAAUUAAGUAUCCAAGGGGGUCUAGUUUAAAAAAUUAUUAAUGUUGAACAUAAGGAAAUAUAAAAACUACUCAGUACUUACAACCCCUUUCAAUGUUCUCUUCUAGCUCUUUGGCCUCCUAGUUUAUUAGCACGCCCAAAUUGAAAUAUUCCACAGCAUCAAGCCUAGGGUUGUAAACACCAUGUUUGGCCCAUUGGGUUAUAUCAUGAAUUCCUCAGAAGUUUGCUGCUUGUCAAUGGAUCUCCAUGCCACUUCCAUUGCAGGAUAAGACUUUAUCAAUUCUUCAGGUUUGAUAUAAUCUUCGGUUAUCUUCGUCCCUUGUUUUUGGUUGGACCAUAACCCAUGCAAUAAGCAUACUUUUUUACAAAUUCUAUGUGUGAGCCUCUUUUCUUACCAAUGGCAUUAAAUAUUUUGGCAGACGUGAAGACUACCACAUGGGAAGAGAGAGCAAGUAGAUUGGGGACUUACUCUUCCCAUGUGGGAUUUUAUGCAAUCUUCACGUUUGUCGAAGCAUUUAAUGCGAUUGGGAAGGGAAGACUUAUAGAUGGAAUUCCUAAAAAAGAAUGAUUAUUGCAUGGGUUAUGGCCUUACCACAGAUAAGGGACAUAGAUAACUGAAGAUUAUAUCAAAUCUGAAGAGAUGAUAAAGUCUUAUCCUGCAAUGGAGGCCGUAUGGAGAUCUAUUAACAAGAAGCGAACUUCUGGGGAAUUCAUGAUAACCUAUGGGGCUAAACAUGCCAUUUACAAUCCUAGGCUUGAUGAUGUAGAAUAUUUUAAUUUAGGCGUGCUAGUAAACCAGGAGGCCAAAGAGCUAGAAGAGAACAUUGAAAGGGCUUGUAGGUAUUGAGUAAUUUUUAUACUUUUCUAUGUUUAAGAUUCAUAAUUUUUAAAAUUAGACCCCCUUAGAUACCCAACUAUUCUUGAGUUGUGUUAAACAAAUGCAGAAAUAUCAAGUUCAUUUAAAGGGCCCGUGAUCAAAGGGCGUAAUAAAUGGAGCACUUAGCGUCCAAUCUCGGUGACGGCACUCUCCCAAAAGCUCCAAAAUAUUUAUGGUUGUCGACCAAGCAUCAAGGCCAUCAGAGUGAAGGGAAAACUUCUUUUGCAUGAGAUAGCCUUUGAGAUACAGCACGACCCAAACACCGCAAGCUACACAAAACACAACGUCAAAGAAUCAGAUAUUUAUAAAUCAUGUCACUCAGAAGAUAUGAUAUUGAUGUAGAGGUGACAAAAAGGGAGUAGAAAUCACUUUAAAUAUGACUAAAACAUAAAGAAAAGUAUCAAAAUAGAACUUUCAUGUUUUUUCCUGAAAUAGGACUUCGCAUUAUCGUAAUGUGGCACUGUACACGUACAUAUAGUUUUUUGGUAAAUCCCCAAUAUACUUUACUUGCUCUCUCUCUUCCCAUGUGGAGGUCUUCACGUUUGCCAAAGCAUUUAAGGCCAUUGGUAAGUAUAUGAAAUUCGUAAAAAAGAAUGGUUAUUGCAUGGGUUAUGGCCCAACCACAAAAAAGAGAUAAAGAUAGCGGAAAUUAUAACAAACCUAAAGAGUUAAUAAAGUCUUAUCCUGCAAUGGAAUGCGCAUGGAGAUCCAUUGACAAGAAGCGAACUUCUGGAGAAUUCAUGUAACAACCACUCUUCUUUACGAAUUCUUUUUGUAAGCCUUCCCUUGUUAAUGGCAUUAAAUGCUUUGGCAGACGUGAAGACUGCAAAAAAAUCCCAUAGGGGAA